AUGGCUUUAUUAUCUCUGGGGCCAGUCGUUUCUCAUGUGCUCAUCCUAGUGGUGGCCAUGUGCAACAUCUGUAUCCUGUCCUACGACGCCGGCAUGAUCAACAACCUCAAUGCGGUUCAGCCGUACUUUGAACACUUCAACCUCGACAGUGAUCUCAUCGGUCUCAACGUCGCCAUCGUCAGCGCCGGAUAUAUCUUUGGCUCUCCGGUAGUUGGCCCCAUUGUGGAUCGUUGGGGACGAAAGACUAGCCUUGCAAUGGGCUCAGUCUGCAUCAUCCUCGGAGUGGUGCUGCAAGCGUCAGCGGGCAAGAUCGCCCAGCUCAUCGUCAGUCGCUUCAUCAUUGGCUUCGCCACCAUUAUAAACGGCUCCAUCGCCCCCAUGUGGGUUAUGGAGCUGGCCUCACCAAAGUACAGGUCCAUGCUCUCGAGCUCAGUCCUCGUCUCGGUGCCGUUCACCUCGUUUCUGGUCACUUGCAUCAUUCUGGGGAUAUAUGAUAAGCAGUCAAACUGGGCGUGGAGGGGGAUCAUGCUGGCUACUAAUAUCCUCGCUCGCUUGCACGCAGACGGUGAUAUCGAGCAUCCAAUUAUCGUCGCUGAAAGCCAGGAGAUUCUUGGCGCCCUAGAGCAUGAGAAGGAGAACGACGGAGGCUGGAAGGACCUUGUAUCCCCUGUCGCUGGAACCUCUGCCACUGUGGCUCUAUUCGGCCUGCUUUCUGGUCUUUCGUACCUUUCGGAUGAACAUCCCGACGAAACAGGAUAUGCUAUUGGUGCUGUCGUUGUCGUUGGUCUGUUCCUCCUUACAGUAUCUACCAGCUGGAUGAUUCUUGCCUAUACAUACCCCCCUGAAGUCCUCCGCUACUCCCAGCGAGCCAAGGGCGUGGUAGUCGCCCAAGCCAUCGGCUAUGCCUUCAGCUUCCUGAACCUCUACACCGCCCCGCUCGCCCUCGAUAAGAUCGGCUGGAAGUUUUAUGCCAUCAACGGCAGCUAG